UCGUCAAGGGGCGGAGCUCUUGUCUAGCCUGCCUUCCCGCGGCUCUCCGGGAAUGUCCGGGUGCCAGGGUCCGGUUCGGCUGGGUUAGUUCGGAGCAGCACGAGGCUGCUUUGGUAUACCCUCAGCGAGGUCGCCCCUCCCAUGGUCAAAGCUGGCCGCCGCCCACCGCAGUUGGGCGGGGAGGGGGUGUGAGGGACUGCUCGCCGCGCCAUGGACACCUUCCUGGAGGAGGAGGCGGGGAAGAACCGUGCCGCUCACACGAGGAGCAGCACCCUGCUGCCUGGCCUGCACCUGCCCUUCCUCUCACCACACCUCUGCCAACCGGCAUCUUCUCAAGAACCCAAGUUAAAUUUUAAGAAGAGCAAGGAAGUCUGUUUAAGUUACAUUCAGGAUGCCAUGCUUCAAAAGCAGUGGAAAAGGGCUGCGGAGUUUCUGUCUUUCUAUGUUGAGUCUCUAGAGAAAGACUUUUCUAAAGAAUACGUGAAUCCAUCUGAGAUUAUUUGGAGAGUUGGAACUGAAAUUCUGUGCCACUGUUCCAAUGGCAGCAUGAGAGAGUUCAACUCCUUCAUAGAACAGAUGAAAACUUUUGGAGUAAAAAGGUAUUUGAAGGUUUGUUUAGAGCAUGCCUUUCACCUCCUUUGCAAUGGACAAAUAGAUGAUGCUUACCAAAACCUGUCCCUGGCAGAAAGCUGGAGGUAUGGAGAACAAACAGCCAUUCAGGAUAAAGAAAUGAAACUGAUUCAAGCUUACAGGGGACUCUUGGACUACUAUAGCUGGUCUAAGCAGAAGAAUAUCCUGUUAGACCAUGGGCUGGAUGAAUUUGAAAACUUGUCUGUUGAACAGGAAAUGCACAGUUACUUUCGGAAGGCAGCAGUGAACUUAAAGGAGAUUAUUAAAAUACCUGGUGUCUGGGAUCUCUUUGUGAAAUGCUAUGUGGAUUUGUUGGAGUUCUAUGGAGACCAUAACGAAGCCCACCAAGUAUUAACUGAAUAUGCCUACAACUCAAAGUUUCCUGCUAAUCCCAAUGCUCAUGUUUACCUCUAUCAGUUCCUGAAGAGACAUGGAGAAUCAAAGAAAUCACUCAUAUCUGUGCUCAAGAUCUUGCAUGAUCUUGUUCCUUCUCAUGAACUAAUGAUAGAUUUUAAUACCAUGCUUCAGAAAUCAAAAAAAAGAAAAAGAUGUCGACUGGGGCUCGAAGUUAUUUUUGCAGUGUUGGAUUAUGCUGGCUGGAAGGAAAAUGUAAAAGCAUGGAGCUGUCUGGCAAGACAGGUGAAACAAAUUGCAAUUGCUGAGAAGCAUGUUGACUGGAUCAAGCAAGAGUGGAACUCCAGGAAGGACUGGUGGCCAGCCUUCCAUUUUACCCAUUACUUGGCAAAACAGAACUGGAAGGAAAGUGAAAGCCUUUCCUAUGAAAAAGCUCUGGUGGCUGGAAUCUUACUGGGAAAGGAUUGCAAGUACUUUAAAUAUGUAUCACACCAAGGCUGCAAAGCUCAGGUGAAAAGAUUUCGGAUACUGAAGAAAUUUGUGAAUAAGCACAAUCCUGUGUACCUGAGAAUCUCUGAUCCUUCGGAUUCUUCUGUACAACCUUGAUUAGAACGUGUCCUUAAGGUUCUUACUGUGUUUUUAAUUCUCUGUUGUGGGAAGUGGCAAAGAUAAUAUCAGCUAUAACAAAGAGAAAUGUGCUAAUGAACCCACGUGUUUACUAAAGGGAUGGUGGAAAAUUACAAAAAAAACAGUGGAAAACCACCAGAUCUUUGUGGGAGGAUCUUGGGGAAAGGCCUUGGGAAAGGGCUUAGAGUAUAAAUGGACCCUCAGAUCAAUAAACUUUGUCUCAGUUUGGAGAACUACUGGGUCUGUGCCUGGAUAUGCCAGACUCUAUGAAAUUUGACUUACUGUAUUGGUGCUACUCUAAAACUGCUAGGCGAACCCUAUCAACUCAGUACCAGAAUUUUUUAAUGUAUUUAUGUAAGAACACCUUGGUUUGUAUUUAUUCUAUAAUAAAAUCAAUACAAAU